GGUAGCUAGGGCGGAGUUUGAGCACAUGCUUGAACUUGGAAUAAUCCGCCCUUCCGACAGCCCUUGGUCCUCGCCCCUGCAGAUGGUCCCCAAGAAAUCUGGUGACUGGCGCCCUUGCGGUGAUUACCGCGCACUCAAUCGCCUAACCGUCCCAGAUAGGUAUCCCAUCCCACACAUGCAGGACCUUACCGCAUGCCUCACAGGUAAGACGAUCUUCAGCAAGAUCGAUCUGGUUCGCGCCUAUCACCAGAUACCUGUGGAAGACAAUGACAUUCCUAAAACAGCCGUCAUCACUCCUUUCGGUUUGUUUGAAUUUUUAAGAAUGCCAUUUGGACUGUGCAACGCCGCACAAACCUUCCAACGCUUCAUCCACGAUGUCACUCGUGGCCUAGACUUCGCAUAUUCCUACCUCGAUGAUAUUUUAGUAGCCAGUUCAUCGGAACAAGAGCACCUCGAGCAUCUUCGAACUCUCUUCCAGCGCUUGACCCAACACGGUGUCACAGUCAACCCGACUAAGUGCGAACUCGGCAAAUCAACGGUAGAAUUCCUAGGCCACCUCGUUUCAUCGUCUGGUAUCGAAGUCCUUCCUGACAAGAUCCAGGCAAUCAAGGACUUCCCAGCUCCGACUUCGUUCAAGCACCUCCGUCGAUUUUGUGGUUUGGUCAACUACUAUCGACGCUUCAUUCCGCGCUGCGCUCAGCUCAUGCAGCCACUGACUGACUUACUCAGAGGAAAUGAACGUAAGUUCGCUUUCCCUGACACAGCACAGGCAGCCUUCGCCGAGCUCAAGGAUGCUAUCUCCAACAUAGCCCUCCUCGCUCAUUCCGAAUCGACUGCACCUCUUUCUAUUACGACUGAUGCCUCAGACGUCGCGGUAGGAGCCGUCCUCCAACAACACGUUGGUGGGCAAUGGCAACCCCUUGGGUUCUUCUCCAAGCGCCUGCAGCCAGCGGAAUCCCGCUACAGCACGUUUGGCAGAGAACUGCUGGCCAUUUACCUAGCGAUACGUCACUUCCGGCACACACUUGAAGGCCGCGCUUUCACGGUCUACACUGACCACAAGCCCCUUAUCUUUGCCUUCAACUCUGCUAGCGACAAAUACUCACCACGGGAAACAAGACACCUAGACUUUGUCACGCAGUUCACUGCUGACAUACGUCAUGUCUCAGGUGUCGACAAUCCCGUCGCCGACGCUCUCUCACGCGUCAACCUCACUCUGCAGUCUUUGCCUACCGUCGACCUUGCCGCCAUGGCAUCGGCUCAGGCUCAAGACGAAGAUAUACAGCGCACUCUGCAGUCCACUUCGCUGCAUGUGCAACCUGUUCCUCUCCAAACCACGGAAGGAACCAUCCUCUGUGACACUUCCACAGGUUGUCCUAGACCUCUCGUGCCCGUCUCCUUCAGACGCACAGUCUUUGACGCACUGCACUCACUAUCACAUCCCGGUAUCCGUGCAUCUUUGAAACUGGUCACCGAACGUUUCGUUUGGCCACGCGUAAACAAAGAUGUUCGUACCUGGGCUCGCGCCUGCCUUCAAUGCCAGCGCUCUAAAGUACAUCGUCACACCCGCAGUCCUCUUGGUUCAUUUCCUGCCCCGGACUCUCGGUUCUCGCAUGUACACUUAGACCUGGUAGGUCCAUUGCCUCCUUCACGCGGAUUCGUAUACAUUCUUACAUGUGUCGACCGCUUCACCAGAUGGCCAGAAGCCAUUCCCGUAACAGACUGCACAGCUGAGACUGUUAUCCGGGCCUUCUUGGACCGAUGGGUCUCGCACUACGGAUGCCCAUCCACCAUCACAACUGACCGAGGAACGCCUUUCGAAUCUUCACAAUUCGAUACGUUCUGCAACUUUUUAGGCUGUCGCCGCAUUCAUACCACAGCGUAUCACCCAGCAGCCAACGGGUUAGUUGAACGUUUCCAUAGACAGCUUAAAGCCUCUCUCUGCGCCUCCUCCGACCCUAGCUGGAGCGAAAACAUUUCGCUCGUACUCUUAGGCAUUCGCAGCAGCAUCAAAGCUGACUUGCAAUGUGCACCAGCAGAGCUGGUUUACGGCACGACGCUCAAGUUACCAGGAGAAUUCGUUUCACCUCCCGCAUCGUCGGGUAUGCCUCCGCCUAACUUUGCGUCCUCCCUAGCUCAACGCAUGCGUUCACUACGCCCGACCCCGCCCCGUGAACAGACUAGAGAUGUGCAAAUGCACAGCGGACUCUCUACCUGCACUCACGUCUUCCUCCGCACCGACGCAGUGCGGCGCCCUCUCCAGCCUCCCUACACUGGCCCUUUCAGAGUUCUGCAACGGACUCCGAAACACUUUACUUUAGACCAGAAUGGUCACCGAACAACGGUGUCCAUCGACCGCCUCAAAGUGGCUUUCUUUGACGAGCCACUUGCAGCCCAUCCUGAUGCUCUCGCACAAGCACCCGCACCUGUGGUGACUUCCCGAGCACUGGAUAACCCGGAACCCUCCGUACCCCUUGACCCGCAACCUAUCCCGCCUCAACCCCAGGCAACCGACCGACGCGGUAGACAGGUCAAACGUCCGGUCCGUUUUUCCGAUUUUGUAAGCGUUUGCUAUUUCCAUUAACACGCCUUUUUCGUCUUUAAUGGUUAUCCUGCGUCUCAUCCACAAACGUUUUGCAAAAUCGACAAAAAACCCAAAACAUUUUGAAAACCUAAAAAGCGUAUUUGCUUUUAUCAUGCAUGCCAUGUUCCCUCUCCGGCGUCAAGCCACUUCCCCGACCCUUGCCCACCCCUCUGAGUUCUACUUUCCAGAAACUCAACCGCCGGAACUGCCCAGGCAACCCUCGAGUGACUCGCCAACCGGCUCAACGCAACCCUGGAGUGACUCGCCAGCCGUCCCAAAGCCCCCUUCCUCACCCAAGGAACAGACAGUCGCCCUCGACCGCAGACACCCACGAACGGAUUGGUCCCCAAACGCCGCCUAGGCAUUGCCGACGAGGACGCCGGAUUUCUUCGUGGGGCGAGGACGCCGGAUUUCUCCGUGGGACGAGGACGCCUGGAUUUCUUCGUGGGACGAGGACCGUGGACUAAAGUGCGGUGGGGGGAGUGACACCUCCCAAGCGCACCGUCGGGUCUGCAGCAAAGGGAAGGUCCUGUCGGCCUUUUUUCUGGACUAGCCAGUUUUUUUGCAGUCCGACCAGCCCGCCCCGACGGCCCACCGAUGAUGCACUCUGGUCCACACGAUCGUCAUAAAUAAUAACUAACAAAAGCCUGGACCCAGCGAAAUCUGCUACACAACCCACUUUGGAAACUCUUACUCAAGCCUCUGCAAAUAUUCGCAUCCCCCUCACCUUCCAUUUUCCCCCACUAACAGCUCUAUCGAAGGCUUCCAUCCUUCAGCCUUCUAGGGGGAGGCCCUUGUAGUGCAACAGAAAACAUGCUCUUUCAGUAUCUUGUAACAUUGGAUUUUAUGGUUGUUUUAACCUUCGAAACGUCCAUUUGUUUUACUGACUGCACGUCCGUUGACACAAACCGUUUUGGUGAGUACCUCGCUGCACGUUUCUCGCUCUGUCUGAUUCGCUUCCUAUUCUUGUAGCCUGCACAAUAUACGUUGGGUUCAGUCGCCUCCGACUUCUAUACUGUCGUAUUUGACACGUAUUACGUGUCAUUGCUUACCGACUAGUAUCCC